ACCUCCACCCUGCGGCCCGCGGAGGGCAGGGAGCGUCCGGGCGAGGCAUGGCGGGCCACCGGGCGCCGGGGGAGAAGCGCUGGCAGCUGGUGCGCUGGUACGUGCAGGAAGGGCGGUUCCGAAUGGAGGAGAGGACACUGACAGCCUUCCAGUGGCUCUACAGCCCACAGCAGCACUGCAUCCUCAGCCGGGCCGAUCUUCAGUCUCCCUCCAGGAUCGACAAGACCAUGUUGGCGAGUCUGAAGGUCAAGAAGCAGGAUCUGGCCAACAGCUCGGAUGUGACCCUCCCAGACCGGCCGCUGUCCCCUCCUCUCACUGCGCCUCCCACCAUGAAGUCGUCGGAGUUUUUCGAGAUGCUGGAGAAAAUGCAGGGGAUCAAGCUUGAAGAGCAGAAGCCAGGACCCCAGAAGAACAAGGAUGACUACAUCCCGUACCCCAGCAUCGACGAGGUUGUGGAGAAGGGAGGCCCGUACCCUCAGGUCAUCCUGCCCCAGUUUGGGGGCUACUGGAUUGAGGACCCAGAGAACGUGGGCACCCCAACAUCGCUGGGCAGCAGCAUCUGUGAGGAGGAGGAAGAGGACAACCUCAGCCCCAACACAUUUGGCUACAAGCUGGAGUGCAAGGGCGAAGCCAGGGCCUACCGCAGGCACUUCCUGGGGAAGGAUCAUCUAAACUUUUAUUGUACUGGCAGCAGCCUGGGGAACUUGAUCCUGUCUGUCAAGUGCGAGGAGGCAGAGGGGAUCGAGUACCUUCGGAUCAUUCUCAGGUCCAAAGUGAAGACGGUGCAUGAGCGGAUCCCCUUGGUUGGACUGAGCAAGCUUCCCAGUGUCCCUCAGAUUGCAAAGGCUUUCUGUGAUGAUGCGGUGGGACUGAAAUUCAACCCUGUCCUGUACCCCAAGGUGAGAUCUUCAUGCCUCCUGCCAUGGGGGUCUGCAGCUUGGCAGGGAUUUGCAGACCCGGGGCUCCUUGGGGAGUUCUUUGCAUCAUACCUUUCACCUCCAGCCUCUCUGUUCCCGUACGGCCCCUCUCGCCUGCUGCCCCAGCCUGGGGCUGAGGCCCCUGUUCUCUCUGGGCCUUCUCAGUCUUAUCUCCAGAGGAAGAGACACAUUGGAAACGACAUUGUGGCCAUCAUCUUCCAAGAAGAAAACACACCGUUUGUCCCAGACAUGAUAGCCUCCAACUUCCUCCAUGCCUACAUUGUGGUGCAGGUUGAGGCCCCAGGCACAGAGACCCAAUCCUACAAGGUCUCUGUCACUGCACGGGAAGAUGUGCCCACCUUUGGCCCACCUCUGCCGAGCCCCCCUGUUUUCCAGAAGGGCCCAGAGUUCAGGGAGUUUCUGCUCACCAAGCUCACCAAUGCCGAGAAUGCCUGCUGCAAGUCGGACAAGUUUGCAAAGCUGGAGGACCGGACCAGGGCUGCCCUCCUGGACAACCUUCACGAUGAGCUCCACGGCCACACGCAGGCCAUGCUGGGACUGGGCCCAGAGGAGGACAAGUUUGAGAAUGGAGGCCACGGGGGAUUCCUGGAGUCUUUUAAGAGGGCCAUCCGUGUGCGCAGCCACUCCAUGGAGACCAUGGUGGGCGGCCAGAAGAAGUCGCAUGGCGGAGGCAUCCCCGGCAGCCUCAGCGGCGGCAUAUCCCACAACAGCAUGGAGGUCACCAAGACCACCUUCUCGCCUCCAGUGGUGGCGGCAACGGCGAAGAACCAGUCACGGAGUCCCAUCAAGCGGCGGUCGGGGCUCUUCCCCCGCCUGCAUACGGGCUCAGAAGGCCAGGGGGACAGCCGGGCACGAUGUGACAGCGUAUCCAGCACGCCCAAGACCCCGGACGGUGGACACUCCUCUCAGGAGAUAAAGUCUGAGACCUCAUCCAAUCCCAGCUCUCCGGAAAUCUGCCCCAACAGGGAGAAGCCCUUUAUGAAGUUGAAGGAGAAUGGCCGUGCCAUCUCUCGCUCCUCCUCCAGCACCAGCAGUGUCAGCAGCACCGCCGGGGAGGGCGAGGCCAUGGAGGAGGGCGACAGUGGGAGCAGCCAGCCGUCCACAACGUCACCCUUCAAGCAGGAGGUGUUUGUCUACAGCCCGUCCCCGAGCAGCGAGAGCCCCAGCCUGGGGGCAGCCGCCACCCCGAUCAUCAUGAGCCGGAGUCCCACAGAUGGCAAAAGCAGAAACUCCCCGAGAUCGAACCUGAAAUUCCGCUUUGACAAGCUCAGCCAUACCAGCUCCGGUGCGGUAAGGAUGCUGUGAACACCUCCCACACCCCACAUAGAAGGCAGCCGCCCUCCUGCAGGCCAGAGGAGGAGGGUUCAGACACGUCAGAGGGGGCUCCCCAUAGGGAGCAGGGGAAGCUCUGGGGAGGUCUGGCCCAGCGGGCGCAGGUGGUGGCUCGGGGUUCCCAGCCACCUUUGCCACAACUGCUGAAUUAGAGCUUCACCUCUGGACAUGGCCAGGCCCACACGUGAGGUGUGAAAUGCUGGUUCCUAGGCCCCGAGUCCCUUCCUGAGCUCACCAGACUGUCAGGAGCUGAGUGCAGAGACACUGCCGUGGAAGGGGACUGUGCUGUCUGGUUACUGAAACUCCUGUAUGGGUUUUUGUUGAAACAGGGUCACUAAUGUGAAGGAGGAGUCCUUUGCCUGUCCAAGGGAAGCCCCGUUCUGCUCCCGUUCCAGCAGUUUGGGCGUGCCGAACAUGACCCCGACAGCCCCAGGCCCGCCGCCCCACCGGCCACCUGCCCACAGACCAGCCGUCAGUCCGGGUGUCCCAGGUGGCCACAGCCCUGCCCGCGCCAUCACCGACAUGCCCUCCAAGUACAUCCUGUCUCUGGACGAGGCCUCCUUCCUUAGGUUCCUCCUUCCUGACCUCCCAGUGUGAUGUCCAGGUCCUUUGUCAUCUUGUUCAGCCUGGAGAGGAAAAGAGUUGGGCAGAGGGGAGGGGGGACAUGGGUGGAGCUCUGCAGUGACUGGGAGCUGAUCUGCCUCAGAGACCGCGUUGGGGGUGGGGGCAGAACCCGGCGAGGGCCUUGGCCACAGGGCAGUGCCUUCCCAGACGGGGCGGGCUUUACCACCAGGAACGCUCUUGGUGGCAUCAUGCUCCCAGGAGCCAAGACUUGAGCAUCCUUGAGGCCAUCCUGAUAAAAGUCGGCGCCAUUGCCCCUGUAUCCCUGGAUCUCCAGAAUCUCCAGCUUUGCUUCUGUGCUGAGCGUCUUUCCCAUCUGCUGAUGGAGGCCCGGGGUUGCCUCCCCGGCUGCCAGGAUACCGUGAGCGGGGCGAUAGCCAGUUCAAGCUCAGAGACAGCUGGAUGGGCCAGGGCUGCGCUGCACGCCUCCUGGACGGUGGCAGGCACUUUGUGUCCUGCCCAGCUUCUCACAGGCCCCUGAUCAUGGCCACUGUGGGGGAAGCCCUGAGGCCGUCUCUUCCCCUUGAGUAGAUAUUUCUUCCACAAAGGGGCAGGAGGCCAGGAGGGAGAAGGAGUUCAGGGAGAGCGAAGGAGCUGGUGCUGGGAGGCUGCUGUGUUGGUUGAGGGCCAGGCCAGGGCCCAGGUCUCUGCUGGCAGGGGACGUUCCAGGAAGACCAGACAUUUCCCCUCCCCACUUACUCGAGGGGAGAGUGAGGUGGGGAAGGCUUGCGGGUUCUGAUCGGGCCCAUGUAGAGGGAAGGGGCCCAGUAUCCCUCAGCCGCAUAUGCCCCUGGAGUCUUGGGGGGCCCAGCAUGGCCUUGGGGCCUUUUCCAGCCACUGUGGCUUUCAGCAACUGCGUCUGGGGCUCAACCCCCAAUCCUAUUGCCCUCUCCGGCUGGGGUCUGAGGCAGCUGUCACAUCUGAAGGGCUCCUGCAACCUGGGUCCCAUCUGGGUGUGGUUCAGACCCCAUGACCCACAUGCCACCCCACGCUCAGCAGAGCUCCCUUGCUGGGGCAGCCAGCUUACCCCCAGGACAUCCCCCCGGCUUCUUCCUUCUGAGCCUGCAGGCCCUGGGCUUCUCUGCUGGUGGGCCUGGGUUGGGGUUAAGGUGGGCAUCCUCCAGGUAAAGCAAGCCUGAAGAGCGGCUUUCAGUGCAGACGGGCCGUGGAGGGACGCCGGCUGCCUCCUGCUCCGUGAGCGGAUGGCAGGGAUUUCCAACCAAAGGCUUUAUUCCCACAGGGCCUGGACCUGUGCCCAAGAUAUAAACGCUGCUCUCUCUUCGUUCCCUUUCCUUUCCAUUUCCGUUUCUUUUCUUUCUCUACGGAUAUUGUGAAACUUCCCCCUUAGUUCUUUCCACUUGAGCAACGUUUUGCUCCUCACUCCCCCACUUGCGUGGGAUUGAAUCCUGUCUGCAGGCUGGAGGCGAGCUCUCCCCCACACUGUCUGGGGAAUGUGCUUGCCUGAAGUACUAGUCUAGUAAAAUUUAUUCUAGUUAGAAGGUCAACACAGUAUCUGUUUAGCUUUUAUUAAAAGUCACCGCAGCAGCAGCCACUGCUGGAGCGAGGCCCAUGUGUUCCGGCUGCGUUUUUGUGUUUUGUUGGCUGGAUUUCUGAAGGAACUUGAAAGGUCAAACUGUAUUUCUUGAGAAACAAAUGCAGGUUCCCACUGACCUCUCUGGGUGGCUGGCAUCACAGCUGCCUGGUGGAUGGGCCAUGUCGCAUUGCAGUCUGGGGUCCUCUGGGGUUUCCAGGCUGUCACCACACCGUCCCAUUCAUCAGUCCCAUACCUGCCUGUCCCCACUGCGCUGGCUGGCCCUUGCUGCCUGCCGCCUCCUGGGAGGGCGUUGUCCCUGCCUCUGAGCUGGUAGGCAGGAUGGCUGGGUGGCCCCAGAGAAGCACAGACUUGAGAUGGAGCCUCUACCCCCGGUUUGCUUUUGGAGUGCUCUGAGCAGGACCCCAAAGGCCCCUUCUCUCUGGUCCUGUGUCACUGUCUCUAGAAGCUCCAUCCUGUGGCUUCCAGAGUGUGCACCUCCAGUCCACCCGGGGUGGCGGUGCUGAGAAGGGGGAGGAGAACGGGGAUGGCCCAGUCUCCCCUCCCUCCUCCGGCCCACGGGGCAGGCAGCUCAGGUUCCUGGGGGUCUGCUUCCCCCACGCUCCCCUACAUCUGCUCUGAUUGAAAAUGUCUUUCCUUUUAUGCUGCGCCCAGUCUUGGGGCUCGGAGAUUUGCCCAGACCUCACUGGCCCUUGCGACGAGGCUCAUUUAGAUGCUUAGGAUGGUAUUUGAGGGAUUUCCACUGUGAUGUCCACGAGGGGGCGUUGUCCGGAACAUGUCUCUGGCUCUGGAAACUGCCUGACUCACUGAAGAAACUGCUUUCCAGGCACUGUGGGCCCAGCCAUAUGCCUCCAGCUCAGUUGAUGCUUAAAACAGGUGCAGAAAAGCGAGAUAGAAGGUCUUAAUGGGAGUGUCUGUCUGUGACAAUGAAUGUAAAAAUGUUUCUUGGAAAAUAGUCAGUGGUUCAGCUUUGUCAGCAUUAUCUCAUCCCAAGCCUCUGGCUCCUUUUAGUACCUCAGCCAGUAAUGCCACUGUCCAGAUGAGAAAUCUUAGCCCAAGUGAGGGGAAUGACAUGCUUGAGGUCACACAGCUGGCUGGUGGCAAAGCUGGGAUUGGAACCCUCAACCCAGGAUCCCUUCCUGUGUGCUUGGUUGAAUAUGUGGCUGCGUUUCCUGGGGCCCUGGGUUUUGGGGAAGACAGUUAGCUGGUGGUUUGGCCCUGGCGUGGAGCUGAUCAGUCAAGGAUGCUGGUGAGGCCUCGGCUUCUGCUUGUUUUCAUCAGGAGGGGUGGUCUUGGAUUUUUCAGUGAGGACCCUCAGCCUUUGGGUGGAAGGAGACGAGGAGGGAAGGCGAUUGGGUGACGUUCCUCGGUGGGAUUGGUUCUUCAGCUCCAGUGUGUAAUGGGGGCGGAGGCCAGGGGGAAGAUGCUGCCCAUCAGCCCCCUGCCUCCCUUUUCCUGAAUUAGGAGGAAAAGUGGUCCAAGAAAACUCUAUUUCUCCUUGAUUCUUAAACAAAGGUGGUCAAUAAAAACCUGGGCGAGCACCUCUCACUUUCCUCCUGGACCCUUGAAGGUGCCAAUGCAAACAUGACCUUUCUCACUGGUUUUUAAGUCAGUAGAGACAUCUCUGUUUUGAGCAGUCCGGGGUUCGAGUAGAUCUCAUGGCUACAGGCGGCCAGCAGGGACCAGGCCGGCCAGCCACGCUCAGGACCCCUCGGCUCCCCCCCAGCCUCCAGCUACCCGUCAUCAAGGCAAGGGGAGCCCAGUAAAGUUUGCCAAGGAUGAUCCUGUGGCCUGGCGGGGCUGGCUGGGGUAUUCUUUUUACCAAGCUCUGUUUUACCACCAGUCCCUGUCCACCCCGAUCCCACGUCUCCCUCCCUUCAGCUGGGCCAUGUGCCCCUUUGGGAGGAGGACCAGCCCCACCAGGGCCAAGGGCAGCAGAGCCCUGCUGAGUGAGAGGCCGUGGGGCUGCGGCUCUGUCCUGCGCCUUACCGGCCCUGGGAGGGGGGCGUUUGGCUGGAAGACUGGAAUUGAAUUGCCAUCGUCUUUGAUUUUGUGACGUUUCUGUUUGGACUUGCAAAUCCCCCUUCCUGCCUCUUAGCAUGUGUGCGGCUCCUCCUUGUCUUGAGUACUCCCCUGGGACGCUGCAGCUCGGGGCGUGCUGACGUGUGAGCGUGCAGAGUCCCCUGUGUGGUAGAACCUAAGGACGGUGGCUUGGAAGAGAUGCUCCACGGGACGAUGACUUUCCUUUCUUUCCUCUUAGUGAGUGGGUGAUUCCUAGACCCCAACUGCCAAUGUCAUGUAAAUAAUGUACAUUUAAUUUAUUGCUAUGGUAGCACAUUGUAUUUGUUAAUGUACAAAACAAAUUCUAAAAGGUUGACAAAUGUAUAUUUUGUUGCUUAAAUGUGUCUUUGCAGAAAUUGACAAUAAAUAACAUAUUUUGUGUCCA